AUGUCAUCAUUAUUAAAGGAGUAGUCAUAAUCUAGAGACACCAAUAAUGAUCCUAUUUAGUUUUUCAAAGAAAAAAAAAAUUAUAUUAAACAAAAGUAUAAGAAUAUUCUACCUAUAAUAAAUGUUAGCAUGAUGUUCAUGAGAGGUAAAGCUUAUUGGUAGCUUUAGAUAGAAAAGUAAAAUGACGGUAGAGCUAUCAAAUACUAAUAACUUUGA